AUGGGAAUAUCACAUUCAAUAUCGCGAUGGUUACAAAAUUUUCUAAACAACAGAAUACUAAAACUAGGCAAUAACUCAAUAACAACAAGUAAAGGACUACUACAGGGAAGUAGCCUUAGUCCAGUACUCUUCAAUCUAUAUACGGCUGAGCUACACAACAUUAAUGACGCUAACACAAACUUAUUCCAAUUCGCAGAUGAUUUUUUUAUAAUCACGGCACACAAGAACUUCAACACCAUAAAAGAAAAUCUCAAAAAUAAAAUAGUAGAAUUCACCAAUAACUGCAAUCAAAUAAACCUAAAACUUAAUUUAAACAAAACUAAUGUAAUACACUUUAAUAACAAGAAACAACAACUAGACAUACAAAUAAACAACAUAAAUAUAAAUCAAGUAGACUCAAUUAAAUACCUUGGAAGAUAUAUAUCUAAAAACAACUCUGCCAAUAUUCAUGUAAAUGAAAUAACUAACAAAAUUCACAAAGAUUGCAAAUUUCUGAAUAUCCUGAGUGGCUGCAAAUUUGGAAUAUCACCAAGCAAAGCUUUACAACUUUACAAAGCGUUUGCUAGAGCAAAAGCAGAAUAUGCUGCUUCCUCAUUCGCAAAUCUAAGCAAAACGGCAUCAACAAAACUGGCAAGCUGUAACAAUAGAAUACUAAGGAAAUGCUUGGGACUCAUUCGAUCAACACCAACGCAUGUGGCUUAUCACAUGGCCGCUGAAUUACCCCUGGAAUACAGAUUUAGAUUAACAACAGCCAAAGACAUAAUUAAAAGUUUUGCUUACGAACUACCAAUCACAGAAGUACUCUCACAGGAUAAUUUAUCCUUCAAUACCAGCUAUACCACUGUCUUUAAACAGUAUGAUGACAUCUUCCGAAACAUUGUAAAAAUACCAACGCUUUCCAAUACAUCUAACAAAACAAAAAUUGACACAGAAUUCUUCAAGGGAAUGGUAAAUUCGAAAAAGAAUGCGAGCAGUGAACAAAUUCAACAAUUAUUUAUUACCAAAAUUGAAGAACUUAAAAGCAAAGAGUUAGAAAUAAUAUUCACGGAUGGUUCAAUUAAAGAAAUCACAACAAAUGCAGCUUUUUUCCACGAACGUACCAACACUAUAAAAGCUUUUUACAUAAACAAGAUUUUGUCAUCCAUGUCUGCUGAGAUAAUUGCCUUUGAUAAAGCUAUCGAUUUUGCUACCUCGCUUCAAUACCAAAGAGUUGCCAUAUUGACAGAUAGCAAAUCAGGAGCAUUGGCGCUAUUAGAUGAAGAGACGAACAAUAGCUUAAUAAUAAACUUAAUAAAUAAAAUAAACACAAGUAAUAUCAUUACAUUGGAAAUACACUAUAUCCCAAGUCAUAGUGGAAUUCAUCAAAACUGCGUGGUGGACAGAGCUGCAAAACUUGCUAAUAUCACUGGUGAAGAGAUAACUAUCGAAUGGAAUAUAAAAGAUGCCAUAAAAGAAGUUGGAAGACGAUUGGCCUCUGAAUGGCAAGAAAAAUACUCUGAAAUUAAUGCGAUUGAACCUGACAACCCGGGGCCAAGCUUCAGCGUAUCCAGUGAAUGUACUAUAGAACCCAACCAAUGCGUCUUUGAAGUGGUUUGCUGCAGUCACUGCAAUAGGUUCGAGAAACAGCUUCAAGAAAUAGACAAAAAACUCGAAGAGCUACAAUUGACAGUCGAAACGCAGAAGACUGCAAUUAUGGACGCAAUAUCUGCUCAAAAGGUUACCACUCAGCAAUUGGAAUCUGCGGUUUCAGCUAUUUUAUGUAACAAUAUAAAAAAUAUCAGGCUGCUGCUAAAUAUGGACGUUAUAAAAGCCUUAAAUGUGGAUGGUUCACAUGGGCAGAUUGGCUUAAGGUCCCUUCUUAAUUUUUAUGGUACAUUGACUGGAGCCAUUGCCAAGAUGCCUUUUAAGGGAUUGUCGCCGGAGGAUACUCUCCGAAAAGCCAUAAAAUUGGAAAAGGCGAGAUAUUUUAAGAAAGCCUAUCGACAAAACAAAAAGACUUCUGAAUCUUAA